GUCCUCCCAAACAGGUCGCGUCCCAGGGCUCGUUUCUCGCCGCUCGCGCGCGGGAAAAACGAGCCAUGCCAUGGGCUCCAAAGAUGCCGCCCUGGCGGCGGUGGCGCUGGAUGGCCUCGACUUGCGCCACUUCUUCCCCCUGCGCGGCGACAAGGAGUUGGUGCUCGCCGCGGUGCAGCACACGGGCAUGGCCCUGUGCUAUGCAGCCAAAGAGCUCCAGGAGGACAAGGAGGUGGUGCUAGCAGCGGUGGCUCAGCAUUGGAUGGCCUUGCAAUACGCCUCGGACGAGAUGACGGAGGACAACGACGUGGUGCAGCUCGCAGUGUCUGCCAACGGCCUGGCCUUGAAGGAAGCAGGACCCCGAAGCAGGGGAAUGCUUGUCCACGUCAUGGAGGCCGUGAAGAACGACGGCCGCGCCCUCCAGUACGCCUCAGAAGAUUUGCGGAAGGAUCAUUUGGUCGUCAUGGAGGCACUGAAGUCGAACCCUGAGGCCCUAGAGUUUGCCCAUGAUGAUGUCAAGGAGGUGCUGGAAGUCAUUAUGCCAGCUUUGCGCCGUGACGGUGCGGUCCUCCGAUUCUUGCCGCACAGCAUGCGAGACAGCUGCGACGUGACCAUGGACGCGGUGCAGACCUGCGGCCUCGCGGUGUCCUUCGCGACGGCCAAGGUGAGGGCAGAUCGGGAGGUCAUGAUGACAGCUGCGCGCAAGGACGGCUUAGCACUGGCUUAUGCCGUGCAAGAACUGCUGGAUGAUGAGGAUUUGGUGGAGGCGGCGUGCGAAGAGAAUGCCUUGGCCCUGCAGUAUGCGUCGGACCGCUGGCGCAGCGACAAGGACUUUGUGAAGACUGUGCUGGGGCGAGAUGGUCGGGCGCUGGAGUUUGUCUCUGGAGGCCUCUCAGAUGACUUCGAGCUGUGCAUGGAGGCGGUGAAUGAAACCGGAGAAGCCUUGAUCCAUUGCUCCGCCGCCUUACGCGACAACGAGGACAUUUGCAGAAUGGCGCUGCAUAAUGAUGGACUGCAGCUUCUGAACGUGUCCCCGCGGCUGCGGCAGGACCGAGAGCUUGCACUGCUGGCCGUGAGCACACAUCCUCCGGUUCUGGCGCACUUGUUGGAGGAGCAGAUCUUCGAUCAGGAGCUGGUGAGCACUGCGGUGUCCCACGAUGGCCUGGUCCUGAUCUUUGCGCCUGAGACCAUGCGCGACGACGAAGUGGUGGUGCAAGCUGCUGUCUCUCAGAACGGCUUAGCUCUAGAAUAUGCCAGCGCCAGGCUGCGGUCCAAAUGCGAGAUUGUCCUGGCGGCGUUGGGUGAGAACCCUGAAGCAGUCCAUCAUGUCCUUCCCAUCAUGAGGGACGACCAGGAGAUGAUGGCCUUUGGCCAGGACCGGCGCCCGCACCUGCCCAGCCAGCUGAAGAGCAGGCUGCGGCCCCUGGCGUUGAAGAUGGCGCUUGCGCGGAUCCGCAUGUUCCUUGAGCCGCUGCUCAAGAAGCUGAAGGUGCACUGGGAACAGGCCCGGCCAAUCCUGCGGAAGCUCAACUCUCUGGAGGAAUUGCAGCUGGCGGCAGAUGAUCCGGAGGCCUUCUUGAAGGGGCUGGACAGCAGGGAGGACGUGGGCAUGGAUUGGAAGAUUGCCCUGCUGCGGCCCAGCCUGGAGCCCGUAGCCAAUGAGCGAAGCCUUUGGUGGGACGAGAUGGCACCGGUCCUGCGGAGCUGCUCUGCCAAGGAGCUCAAGGCAGCAUCCGAGGAUGGGAAGCGAUUCCUGGACUCCCUCAUGAGCAAGACGCGCGGUGAGACGGCCCGGCUGCUGUGCAUAGCACAGCUGCGCCGACCACUCUCGGCAGUUCUGCCCAAAGGGCUGCCCUGGCACGAUGUGGUGCCCGCAUUGCAUCAGGUGGAGACGGUCAAGGAGCUGCAAACGGCCCGGGAGGCUCCAGAUCUACUGCUCUGGAAGAUGAACUCCAACUCCCAGGAGUGGGCACCUGCGCUGCUGUAUCAAUUUCUCCGCCUGCGCCCAAAGAUGGAGCCCAAGUUGGCAGAGGUGGCGCCGGGUGUGUACUGGGAGGACUUCGCCAAGUCCCUUCAGGCCUUGGAGCCGCUGGAGCUGCUGCAAGCGGAGAAGAGCAUCUACCGCUUUCUGCAGCUUCUGGACAUCUAUCCGGCCGACCCUCCGGGCAGGUGGUGGUUCAUGGCGCGGCUGCGGCCGCACAUGGAGCUGCAACUAGAGACGCAGGGCAACACUUGGGAGGAAGCAGUGGAGAUGAUGUCCGAGAUGGACGCCGCCUUCGACCUGAAACCCGCGAUCCACGGGCCGGCGGCCUUCUGCCUGCGCCUGGCGGAGGGCCCUGCGCGCCUGGCCUUCGGCGCCUUCGGCGCCGACGGCGCCAACCGCACGCUGCGCCCGGAGGAUCUGCAAGGACUCCAGAUCAGAGUUUCCACGGCAGACAGCUUUGAAGGCGCAGCUGCGGCAACUGAGUCACCCUGAGUGCAGAUGUCGUUCUUUGCCGGUUCUUCAACGCUGGGCAUUACACCAGAAAGCAAAUGGAAGCAGC